AUGGGAGAAGGCGGCGGCGGCGGCCGUAGCUGUGGGACCACUAGGGAGCUGCAGAGGCUGAAGCAGCAGGCGAUGGAGUACUACCGGGAGAACGACGUCCCGCGCAGGCUGGAAGAGCUGCUCAACUCCACCUUCUACCUCCAGCCUGCCGACGUCUACGGGCACCUGGCAAACUGCUUUUCUAAACUUGCAAAGCCUCCCACCAUAUGCAAAGUAGUGGGGAAAAAUGUGUUGGAUGGACUGGGGCUUCCAACCCUGCAAGUGGAAAUAUUCUGCACCAUUCAAAAUUUUCCCAAGAACAUAUGUUCGGUGGUGAUCUCAACGCACUUUGAAGUCCAGGAGGACGCCGAGCAAGCGGAGAGGGGCGACGCGGUCAGCACCGCCGUGCGCUGGGUCAACGACACCAUCACCGAGGAGCUGCGGGGCGUGGCGCCCUCCGACCAGGCCGCGGUGGACCACGUGCUCAGGACACUCUUUGAAAAUAAAGUACAAGAAGACAAAGAGAGGAGAGAACUGGAAAAGAGCCUGCAAGACCCGGCAGUGACCACCCCUUCACCUCUCCCUCCACCACCACCACCUUCUCCACCCCCAGCCAAAAAAAAAGGACAAAAGCAAGGGAGGAAUGAUGCUUUUACAGAGAAACCCAUUGUGCCUCCAGAGCCUGUUGAACCUGUGCUGAACGGCAGCAUGGCCAUAGGGGCCGUGUCCCUCGCUGUGGCCAAAAGCAGCGCCAUCCUGGGCAAUAGCCCCCUCUACUUAAACAUCGCGUUACUGAAGCACCAUCAGGAACAGCCCACAAAGCUAACCGUACCUUUGCCAAUGGUGUCUCUGAUCAGCUGUGGGAAGUCAUCGCCUGGGAAGCUAAACUUAAUGAAAGAAGUGAUGUGUAUACCCCACCCUGGAUUAACAGCUAAACAGGGCGUGGAGAUGCUUCUGGAAAUUCAGAAACAUAUUAACAAAACAAUUGAAACGCCCCCUCCUCCAAAAACAGAGACCAAAAAAGGGCAUAAUGGAAGCAAAAAAGGUCAGCAGCCCAUCACUGGCAAGAUGUCCCAUCUUGGCUGUUUGACCGUUAAUUACGACACCACAGAGCAGCCCCUGCUCCUCAUACAAGGCAUCUGUGCGAACCUGGGUCUGGACAUGGGGACCAGCCUGCAUCUAGCCAUCAACUGUGCUGCACAUGAGCUCAUGGACUAUAGUAGAGGGAAGUAUGAAGUGAUGCUGGGAACACACAAAAACGCGGCCGAGCUGGUUGACCUGUACGUGGAUCUGAUCAACAGUUUCCCUUCAAUUAUUGCCUUAAUCGAUCCUUUCAGGAAGGAGGACUCCGAACAGUGGGACAGCAUCUGUAACGCUCUUGGUUCCAGGUGUCACAUCAUUGCAGGAGCUGCAUCCAAAAGCAUUUCCAAACUUCUAGAGGGUAGCGACAUCAGCACCCCCAAAUCCAGCGGGCUGGUCAUCAAACACACCAACCAAACUACGAUGUCUGACUUGGUGGAAAUAACCAAUCUUCUCGACAGUAAGAAGCACAUCGCCGUCUUCGGAAGUACAGAAGGCGAGUCGUCUGAUGACAGCCUGGUCGAUUUGGCCGUCGGACUCGGCGUCCGGUUUAUCAAGCUGGGAGGUCUGUCCCGCGGUGAGCGGGUGGUUAAGUACAACCGCCUUCUUACGAUAGAGGAAGAACUUGUCCGGAACGGAACACUGGGUUUCAAUGAAGAACACACAUUUUUCCCCUUGAACGACAAAGCUGAAGAGGGGACCAAGGCACCCGAGACUGCAGCCACCAUGGCUGGUGAGCUACCCGAGCUCCCAGAGCCCAUCUUCCCCACAGAAGUGAUGGGGGCAUUGGCCAAGGCAUGA